AUGUUUUGGAAUACAAUUUUAACUGUAUUUUCAAUAUUUUUAUGUAUUCUUCUCUAUCGUACAUAUGUAGUAUUUACACCAGAUAAAGCUAUAUUUGAACCAUGUUCAUCAUCAAUUGACAGGCACUCUUUGAAAUUUGAUCAACAGCGUCUUCAAAUAUUUCAAAAAUUACUUCAAUUUCGAACAAUAUCCUACGAA